GAUUGAACUGACAAAUCAAAGUCGCAUGCGCGAUAAAAUAAACUUUUUUUUCUCGGCAAGACAUAAGGACGUACUUAACAACAAAACAAAUGUCAAAAGAAAUGUUUAAUCUUUUUUAUGAAAACAGUAUCUAAAAGUGUGUUUUAAAUAAAUCUUAUUUACAUAUUUAGUAUACGGCUGGUUAUAUACUAUAUUUUUUUAAUAAUUUACGCUUUAAAAUGGAUGCAUUCAUACAAUUAAACAAUCAAACUGCUGGUCGUGAUAAGAUUAUAAGAACUUUGCAAUACGGCAGUCGUGCUUACUGGUUUUAUACUCAAAAUAAACACAGUACAGCUUAUUCUGUGGAUGUUUUGAAAAGUCUCGAAUACACCUUCAGCUCAUUUAGAAAAUUGCUACGACUAGGAAGAUGUUUCGAGAGUCUAUACUCUACAUUUUCGACAAUAAAUUAUCCCGAUGUGGUUAUAAGGAUAACAAUGUCCGUAUCACGAAUUUCGAGUGCUCUCUUCCUUUUGGCUGAUCAUAUUAUUUGGAUUGGUCGUGUUGGAAUAAUGCAAGUUGACAUUUCCAAAUGGACUUCAAUGUCAAAUCGUUAUUGGUUAAUGAUGCUUAUCAUGAAUUUGACGAGAGAUUUUUAUGAAAUUCUUCAAAUUUUAAAAGACUGUAAAACAAAUUUAUUAUGGAAUAGAGCCUCAAAACGUAGUGUAUUAAAAUAUUACGGUCAAGUUUGCAGUCAUUUCAAGUAUCGCACAGAUAUUAUAUCGGAUACAAUUAAAAAUGGUUGCGAUAUUUUUAUUCCAUUGACUGCAUUAGGUUAUACAAAAUUAAGUCCUGGUGCUGUGGGAAUAUUAGGUGUAAUUUCUUCAUUAAUAGGAAUAUACACUCUUGUUUAUCCCGCUGCAAAAUUGGUGCCAUCGUGAAAAUGUUGUUUUACAAUUAAUUAUAAUAAUUAGUAUUCGCUCAUUAUAUAUAUGUAUAUUGAUAAAUUAAUUAAUAUGGUAACCAAGAAGACUUUUUUUUAUGGCAUAAUGUUAAAAUAUUAUUGAACAAUUAAUAUACAUACAUUUUAACAUAAAUUAUCAAGCAUUUAAGAUACAAAUUUAUAGUUUUACAAUCUGAUAUAAAUAUUAUAUAAAUAUACCUUUACGAAUAAUGUUACACAAUAUUCAUGGUUUAUAUUUUUGUAUAAAAUGAAAAUGUUAGUAAUAUAUGUUGACAAAAGUUCAUUAUAAA